CAGGAUGCAUUUACUUAACCCAGAUGACAGUUGGAAUUUGUUUUAUCAAAAAGCAUUCGCAGAAAAUUGUUUUCCAGUUGAAUUUGAGAAUGUUGGAAAGGAGGUUGCACUAAACUGCAAAGGAUUACCACUUAUGAUUGCUGUGGUUGCCAAGAUUCUCUCUAGCAAGAGGACAUUGGAUGAGUGGAGAAAAGUAGCUCAAAGUGUGAGCUCAUUAGCAGACGUUGAUGCUUAUCGACAAUGCUCAGGAGUGCUAGCUUUAAGCUACAAUCAUCUUCCUUCUUAUUUGAAAGGUAGCUUUCUGUAUUUUGGACUUUUUCCAAAAGCUAAUGAAAUUUCUGUGGGAAAAUUAAUUAGAUUAUGGAUUGCAGAGGGACUCCUAAAAGUAAAGGGGAUGGAGAGAUUGGAAAAAGUGGCUGCUAGUCAUUUAGAUUAUCUUAUUGAUAAAAGUCUAGUUAUUGUUAGCAAGCGAAGUAUGGAUGGGGAAAUCAUGACAUGUUUGAUUCAUGAUCUUGUACAUGAUUUCUGCUUGAGAGAAGCCGACCGCCAGAGUCUUUUGUAUAUUGAGAAUACAGAUAAUGCUGGAGCUGGAUUGGUUUUCCCUCAAGGUUGUAGGUGGAUAUUAAGAAAAUCAGAGCGCUCCACUCAUUUUAGCAGUCGAUUCUAUAAUCUUGAUCAUAGCAAAUUACGUUCGUUGUCUCUUUACCAUUCUGAUUUGUACCUUAACAUAGCACACUUUAAUUUCAAACUUCUUAGGGUAUUGGACAUGGAGGAAAAUCGUUUUUUCGAUUUCCCCAUAGCUAUACUAGACCUAGUUUUUUUAAGGUAUUUGGCAUUGACGUUUAAAAGGUCUGGACAAUUACCAAUCUCUAAACUUCUGAAUUUACAAACUCUCACUGUUCGGCCACUAUCAUAUAUUAGUGAUUGGAGCGUGUCCUUACCAAAUGAUAUUUGGAAAUUAUCUCAGUUAAGGCAUCUCCAUUGCUGGUGUAUGUAUUUGGAAUCUCCUCAGACAGUAUCAGGAAAUAAGUUGAAGAACUUGGUUUUGGAAAACAUACAAACUGUUUCCGGGUUGACGCCUUCUUGUUGCACAAAGGAAGUAUUUGAAGGGAUUAAGAAAGUAAAGAAAUUGGAAAUUGCUGGUAAAGCAGAGGAAUUUCAUAGUAAGAAGGGAUGGGAAACUAAUCUUAAAUAUUUAAAAGAGCUCGAGGCACUAAAUGUUGCAGUUUGGCACCGUCUUGCCAUGUUCAGUUCCAACGCUAUGCCGCGUUCAAUAAAUCCAUGUCCAGGUUCUUUCCCACCAAAUCUCAAGAAGUUGACACUUAGCGGUACUUGUCUUCCAUGGAACUGCAUGAACAUUUUUAGCAAGUUGCCCAAUCUCGAGGUGCUAGAAUUGAAGGAUCAUGCCUUCGUUGGCAUUGAGUGGGAAGUAACAGAGAUGGGAUUUCCAAAAUUGAAGUUCUUACUCCUUGAGCAUCUGUUUCUUAGUUAUUGGACAGCCACCGAUGAUUACUUCCAAUGCCUUGAGCGUGUAUACAUCAGAGAUUGCGUAUACUUACAAGAGAUCCCAGAAGGAUUUGCAGAUAGUGUGACGCUGCAGCUAAUUGAGUUACAUAAAUGCUGUCUUUCUCUGGUGAUUUUUGCGGAGCAGAUCCAGGAAAUGCAUGAGGAAUUGGGAAACAACUUGCUUAAAGUUUAUGCCUUUGAAUCAUUUCUUCAGCAUGAAGGAGUAACUCUUUUCUUCAAGCUGGUUCGAAUGAAAAUGCAACGCUCGAAGUCAAUCAGAUGAGAGACUGUGUAAAAUGGAAAUUCAAUGGAAUCUUUGCCGAUUACAUUCAGAA